AUGGACAUUGUAACCGGACAGGACGCAGCGGGAGAUCCAAUAACGCACCUCGUUUUGUUCACACCUCUUAUCAUCCCAAGCAGCGGUCGCAGUCGGUUCAUGCUUGCAUGUCUGGUUGAAGUCACGAAAUUCAUCAACGACACAGCGUCGCUACCAGAGUUCGACCAGGAACUCGAGUCUUCAAUCAUAGAGAGCGAGGUGCAGACACCGUCGCAGGAAAGGAACAUCCGUGACUGGCAUACCCCCGGCUAUAAACUCUCCGCGGACCAUCUGCUUGGAGGAUGUUUAUUACCUGACGAUCGGGAACCCAUGCUGCGAUCCUCCGCGAAUUAUGGAGAGCUGCCGGAGGAUAUCUGGCUAAACUUGGCAAGCGAAGAGAAGAAGAGAAGACCGGCACCCAGAAACACAUCGAGAUCGACACCGAAGAUCAACCAUACCCCAAGAUCCAACGCAUCACAGGCAUCAACGACCAGCAGUACUGUCGACGACGCUUUGGACGAAUUCAUGAGCGGCCUGCAAGAUUUGUACUCGGAGUUCUUCCUGUUAGGCAAAUCGCCUCUCGACGAGACCUGCUUUGAGAUCUGCAACGUUUCGCCCUUGUUAUACCAGUCCAAGGAGUACAUCAAUGGUCAUCUUUCAUGUACCGACAGACAGCGAAUGGCUGAGUUAAGCAGUGCCCUGGCUCAAGGAUCGCCUUUCAAUAUGCUAGUCAAAUGGGGGUUGCAGGGGGGAGAAAAGCGGCUAUACUGUAGUCCGAUGUACACAGCAAACUCCAUCACCUGGAUCUGCUUCCUUGUGGACCAUCAAAUGCCCCUGCUAUGGUGA